GCUUAGAUAUUAAGGGUAUAAGCACGAAAAAUAUUCAAAAACUUUAUGAGAAUAAUUUAUUGAAUCAGCCGGCUGAUUUUUACCGUCUUUAUCAAAAGGAAAGACAGUUGUUAAAAUUAGAAGGGUUUCGAAAAAAGAGUGUUGACAAUAUGCUGCGCUCAAUAGAGAAUUCCAAAAAAAGGCCUCUGGAUAAUUUAUUAACGGCAUUGGGAAUCCCACUCCUCAGUUCAGUCAAAGCCCAAAAACUAAAUAAGUUUUAUCCGAAUUUAACCAGUCUUCUUACAGCGGUAAAAAAUGAAGAAUGA